CUGACAGAUCAGCGAUUUUGUAAACAAGCUAAAAUCUUGCUAGAACUCGUGUUGGAAAACGUUGUGUUACUGCAAUAAUUAUUCGUAGGAAAGUUUCUCUUCAUAUCUUGGAAAUGUUUCUUAGGCGGAUGCUCUGGUCGGGGCUGCCCCGAUCAUUGUCCACGGUCCAGGCAACCGCAAGGAUAGAACCCAGAGCAGUCGAUAAAUCUAGCGACGAUAAAUCUGCUGAAUCACUAAGCCAUCCGGAUUAUUUCGGGGUUCACAAGCUCUUCACUGUGGAAGAUCUAUUCAAAGCAAGAGUUCACCUGGGUCACAAGGAAGGCACGCUGAACGAUAACAUGAAAGGAUACCUGUACGGCAGUCGGCUUGGGCAUUGCGUUAUCGAUUUGGACAAAACCGCAGAACAUCUGAGAAUGGCACUGAACAUUGCGGCCCACAUUGCGUUUCGCGACGGCAUUAUAUUGUUCUUCAACAGAAAUGCGUUAAAUGCGCAUCAAGUAGAGAAAACCGCCAAAGAGUGUGGCGAGUAUGCUCACACGCGUUAUUGGCGUGGUGGUGUCUUUACGAACGCGAAGGUCCAGUUUGGUGCCGUCACAAGAUUGCCAGAUUUAUGCAUCUUCUUUAAUACUAUGAACAAUGUGCUGGACAUGCACACCGCGGUACGCGAUGCAGCAAAGAUGAACAUACCCACAAUCGGUAUUGUGGAUACAAAUUGUAAUCCUAAUUUGAUUACCUACCCAGUACCCGGUAACGAUGACACUCCGGUUGCCAUCGAACUUUACUGUAAGCUAUUCAAGAGUGCUAUUCUGCUGGGGAAGGAAAAACGAAAAGAGCAGAUCGCAAGAGGGGUAGUGUUGUGAGAGUUGAACAUUUGAUCAAUUAAGAGUGAAAUAAAUGAUGCUGCGCACUGCCUUGCCAGCAGGAUAGUGUUCUCCGUA